AUGACAACCGGUGCCACCACCGGCAACUCCUUGCACGGCAGCACUCACCGACGCCGCGGAGUCGACGCCAUGAAUGACUUGGAGAAAGAAAUUAAAUUUUCUGUAUGUAAUUCUUUAAACGAUAUAGAUUCAGAAACAUUGAGUAAAAGUGACGGUGUAACUAGUCAAUACAUAUGCAAACAUAAAAAGGGGCCGGAGAAUUGGGUUUUCGGAUCAAGGAAGAAUAUGUGGCGUUCGUUAUUCGGGUUGACGUUGAUGUUCAUGGUGGUUUUGGUGUUUUUCAAAUUCCAUUUCAUGAUGAAAAAUGAGAUUUUGAUUAUUCAGAAUUUCAAGAAUGAUUUAUCAGAUGCUCAGAGUGCAACAUUUGAUUCCGAUACCUCUUCAAAUUCUGCUGUGAAGAAACGGCAGGCGAGGGAAAUUCCGGUCCAGGAUAUUUGGUUGAAACCAAAGAGUGAUAACUUUUACCAAUGCAUUGCUCGACCGAAGAAUCGCAUAAGGACAGGGUCGACAACAAACGGUUAUAUUCUGGUUCAUGCGAAUGGGGGACUCAAUCAAAUGAGAAUAGGAAUAUGCGAUAUGGUUGCUGUUGCAAAGCUUAUGAAUGCGACUCUUGUGCUUCCUUCCCUUGAUAGCGCAUCCUUUUGGUCCGAUCCUAGUGAAUUUAAAGAUAUUUUUGACUGGAGGCAUUUCAUUGAAGUUUUAAAAGAUGAUAUCGAGAUAGUUGAAUCUUUGCCAUUAGAGUAUGUCAAAUUGAAACCUUUUUACAAGACACCUAUCUCUUGGUCAAAGGCUAGUUACUACAAAGAACAUGUUCUUAAUUUGUUAAAGAAGCACAAGGUGAUCAAGUUUACUCAUACGGAUUCGCGACUUGCUAAUAAUGGUCUCCCGCCCUCAAUCCAGAAGCUCAGGUGUCGUGCAAAUUACGAGGCUCUCCGCUACACAACAGAGAUUGAAGAGCUUGGAAAGAAGUUCGUUGAUAGACUUGGGAAAGACGGUGAACCGUAUAUUGCUCUUCACUUGAGGUAUGAGAAAGACAUGCUUGCAUUCACCGGUUGCAGCAACAAUUUGACCACAGUCGAGGCUGAGAAACUUAGUGUCAUGAGGUAUAAUGUUAAGCACUGGAAAGAAAAAGAGAUUGACGGCAAAGAAAGGCGACGGCAAGGGGGCUGCCCUCUUUCUCCCCGGGAAGCAGCCCUGUUUCUCAAGGCCAUGGGGUAUCCUUCCUCAACGCGAAUAUACAUAGUUGCAGGGGAAAUUUUCGGUAAAAAUAGCAUGGAUGCAUUCGAAUCUGAGUACCCUAAUGUUUUCACUCACUCAACACUUGCAACAGCAGAGGAGUUGGAACCCUUCAAGAAUUAUCAGAACCGACUCGCUGCCUUGGAUUAUCUUGUAGCCUUAGAAAGUGACGUAUUCGUUUUCACAUAUGACGGGAAUAUGGCGAAGGCUCUACAGGGGCAUAGAAGGUUCGAAGGAUUUCGUAGGACAGUAAACCCGGACAGGUUAAAUGUUGUUAGACUGGUAGACAAGUUGGAUAAAGGUACUAUUUCUUGGGACGAAUUCACGUCUGAGAUCAAGAGCAUACACUCCAAUAGAAUCGGAUCACCAUACCUUAGACAAGCCCGUCACACAACAAGACUCGAGGAGAACUUUUAUGCAAACCCUUUUCCCGGUUGCAUUUGCUACAGUUCUAUGAAUGAAGGAAAGCAUCAGUGA